AUGGCGCCCACCGCCUCGCCGACGAACGAUUCGCGAGAUCGCACGCCAGCGACUUCCUCUCGCGUCGGCCCACAUCCAUCGUAUAUUGAACUUGCAAAACCCUAUGUUCUACAAUCCGCGAUUCAGAGAUGUCUCGUAGACCUCGCCAUGUCGGAUGCAAAAGAAGACGCCGUACGAUUACAAGGUGUCGCAUACAUCGAUCAAGUACGGCGGGCAUUACAGCUGCCCGUGCGCACCUUCAACACAGCGGUGAUAUACUACCACAAGUUCCGCUUAUUGCAUGCGGAGAACGAGUAUAGCUGGGAGGGCGCUGCGGCUGCGGCGCUGUUCACAGCUUGCAAGAUUGAGGACACGCUGAAGAAAAGUAGAGAAGUGCUUGCGGCUUACUAUAAUAGCAAGGUUGGGGUUGGAGAGCAACUAAGCAGUGAUGAUCCGCGGUUCGAAAACCAUUCCAAGCUCAUCCUGGGUCUCGAGCGACUCAUGCUUGAGAGUGCCGGCUUCGACUUCCGGAAUCGGUACCCACAAAAAGUCAUGGUCAAGCUAGCACGAGCACUUCGUUUCCAUCCAGAACGUGAGGCGACGACCAUGUGGAACGUGAGCCUCGAUAUGUACAGAACCUUUGCACCACUCAAGCAGACGACGCCGACUAUGGCGAUUGCAUGUGUGGAGCUGGCUGCCCGGCUGCAUGAGAAGGACACCAGCGAGAUCUGGAAUACAACCAGAGCUGAGAUCAUGGAAACGUUACUUGAUCUCUUAGACCUAUACACACACCACCGAGUCAACACCGCGCUCGGCCCCUACUACUCCCUCGAGACCUUCAUCAACAUACGCAUAACGCUCAACGAUGAAGCUUCUGCAGCAAACAUCCCGCGCUACGCUACUUACGCUUCUGAAGCAACCGCAUCCGACACCAAGGCUACCAACGGAACAAAGGCCCGCAACGGCAUCGGUCCCACAUCGCCCCUCCCCCCCCCCCCUUACGCCUGCUACUCCCGGCACCAUCUCACCAGGUACAGCCCAGCCGCCGAAAAGCGCAAUCGGAAUCCGUGGGCAGAGCGGCACCGUGCGGUUUAUGCUCGACGCGAAGCGGGCGCAAGAGGAGAAGAAAGCGGUCGAUAA